GUGCACAAGUUAUGAAAAUUAUGCCGGAUUCGUAUAUUUCAAAUGUUGACUGGAUCCCUGUUGACAUUGCUUCUCAAAGCAUCGUUGAGAUUUCUUUAAAUGCAUCAUUUGACAACGACAUUGAUUAUAUUCGAGUCAAUCAUAUACUUAAUCCAAAAAGAAUUACAUGGGAUGAAUUCUUAAAAUCCUUACAAAAAAGUGGAAUGGAUUUCAAAAUUGUUUCGAAUAAAAAAUGGUUAAAUACAUUAUUAAAAACACCCGAAUAUCAAGACGUGGAUAAAAAUCCAGUAGCAGCAUUAUCGGGAUUUUUUGAAAAAGCUAUAAGCGAAUCAUCAAAUAAGAAUGAAGAACCAUUAUUUGAAACGCAUAGAUCAGUAAAUCGUAGUUUGGCACUUUCCAGUUGCCAGAAAGUUGAUGUGGAAUUAGUUAAA